AGUAGGUGGCGGUGUAUGCACCUUGAUGUUGGUUGCGAUUCGGCAACACAAAUUUGAAGAAGAAAACGGAUAAUGUUUUUUUGUUUGUCAACGCUGCGCUAGGGAAGUAGGAUUCGAAACAGUUGUUGAUACAAUCGAGUUAGGUGUGAAGUCAUGACAACGUUGGAUGACAAGAUCCUGGGGGAGAAGCUGCAGUACUACUACAGCAGCAGUGAGGAUGAGGAAAGUGACAAGGAGGAUGACGAGGGGGAGCACAAGACCAUCCGCAACCCAGAUGUACUGGAGCCUGAGCUAGAAUACAGCGCUGACGGUAGUGCCAUCAACACAGGGCCCAAGGGGGUGAUUAAUGACUGGAGGAAGUACAAACAGCUGAAGGUGGAGCAGAAGCAGGAGCAGAAGGAGGAGAUGGAGAGACUCAUCAAGAAGCUGUCCAUGACCUGCCGCUCCGACCUGGACGACGAAGCCGACGCCAUUAAACGGAAAGAGAUGCAGGACAAGAUCCAACACAAGAUGACCAUGCAGGAGUACAACAUGCUCCAGGAAGACGAGGAUGAUGAGGACUUCCUCCAGCAGUACAGGAAGCAGCGCAUCGAGGAGAUGCGCCGGAAGGUAUUGCGCGGUAAGCGCUUCGAGCAGGUCUACGAGCUCAACAGUGGCGAGGAGUUCCUGGAGGCUGUGGACAAGGAGGACAAGGCCUGCCUGGUUAUGAUCCACAUCUACGAGGGCGAGGUGCCUGCCUGCGAGGCAAUGAUGGGCAGCCUGCUGUGCCUGGCACAGGAAUACCCCCUGGUCAAGUUCUGUAGCGUGCGUGGGUCGGUUAUCGGCACCAGUGCCCAGUUCAGGGGCAGCGCCUUGCCAGCCCUGCUGGUGUACAAAGGAGGAGACCUGAUUGGGAACUUUGUGCGCAUCACAGACCAGCUAGGAGAGGACUUCUAUGCUGUGGAUGUGGAGGCGCUGCUGCAAGAGUACGGGCUGCUGCCGGACAAACCUGUCCUUGUCGCUAAGACCAUCCGCAAUGGUGCCAUCACACAGAGCGAUGACUCUGACCUUGACAUAGACUAGAGAACAGACCUGCACAUAUAUAGAAACAUAGACUAGAAACCUCUAUGUGUACACACACUCGACAUAGACUAGAACCUCUGUGUACACACACUCGACAUAGACUAGAACCUCUGUGUACACACACUCGACAUAGACUAGAACCUCUGUGUACACACACUCGACAUAGACUAGAACCUCUGUGUACACACACUCGACAUAGACUAGAACCUCAAUGUACACACACAGUCGACAGACUAGAACCCCAAUGUACACACACAGUCGACAGACUAGAACCCCAAUGUACACACACACAGUCGACAGACUAGAACCCCUAUGUACACACACACAGUCGACAGACUAGAACCCCUAUGUACACACACACACACACAGUCGACAGACUAGAACCCCAAUGUACACACACACAGUCGACAGACUAGAACCCCUACGUGUACACAUACACACAGUCGACAGACUAGAACCCCUAU